CUUCUAUAGACGAGGGAGGCGCUAAAGUUGGGGGAAGUUUCUUCCCAAACCCCUAAAUUGAAAAAUUAAAAAAGCGCAAAAUUACCCCCUCCCAUUCCCAUCCUUCUCUUCCCUAAAAUCAUCUUUGCAAAACCCUCGCUCCUCAAAACUCUACCCCUCUGCCGUUCUUUGUUUCUUCUUCGUUUUUUGCUUAUAAACGUAUCAGUAUUGAACCCUAAUUGACAUUCGAUUAAUAUUUGUUCAUAAUCCACUCUUUCCUUCACACAACGCAUUUUGUUUUCUUUUUUUCUUGUGUUCUUGUUGUGGUUUCAAUCCGUUUUGGAGAUGGUCUCUGGUUCGCGAAUCGAAGGGGGGAACGGGACACAGAAUUUAUCAGCUGGUGUUCGUAGAACGAUUCAAUCGAUCAAAGAAAUCGUUGGUGAUCAUUCGGAUGCUGAUAUUUACUCUGCCCUUAAAGAGGCCAAUAUGGAUCCUAACGAGACUACUCAGAAAUUGUUAAAUCAAGAUCCAUUUCAUGAAGUUAAAAGGAAAAGAGAUAAAAAGAAGGAGGUUACACCAUUCAAGGCACCUGUGCCUAUAAAACCAAGAAAGCCCACUGAACAACCAGUUCAAGAGAUAAAGCCCAAUACAUAUCCAGAACGUAACCCUAGAAGGCCAGGUUAUAAUUGGAAUAAUGCACCUGAUACAAGAGUAAGUAGACAGUUUCGUGUUGUGAGAGACAACAGAAUCAAUCAAAACAGACAUAGAGAUAUGAAGCCUCCUGCUAAACCCUCAGUAGCUGUCCCCACUAAAGAGCCACUAAUCUCAAACAUAUCUGAAAAGAGUUCCUCAGAGACUUCCAAAAAUCCAGAGCAAAAUUCUUCUCAAUCCCAAAACAUUCCACUUGAUUCUUCACUCCCCAAACAAGUAAAAACUGUUGGUUCAAGUGACCCUGUUCAUAUCCCCUCUCUUGCAUCCAGACCAGCUGCAAAUGUUGGUGCCAUAAAACGCGAAGUAGGGGCAGUUGGUGUUAGGCCACGUCACACAUCUUCUGAAAACUCUCAAUCAGGAAGAGAGGGGCAAUUUAGGUCUUUUCCUGCCAUUUCUAAGACUGAACAACCAUCUCACUCAAAUGUGUCUGAAUCAGUGCCUAUUGUAUCUGCUGGAAGUGGAAGUGGAAGAUCCUUCAAUAAUCAGUAUAGUAGCAGACCACAUCAACAACUUGUCACUCAUCAGAAAGCCCCUCAAGCAAAUAAGGAAUGGAAACCAAAAACAAGUCAAAAACCAAGUGUUACUGAAGUGGGAGUUAUUGGAACACCAAAAAAGACCACAUCUACCCUUGUCAACAAUUCCAAGGACAUGACCACAGAAUCAGAUAAAUUACCAAAUUCAAGCACAGCACACGAGGAUCAAAACGUCAUUAUCGCAGCACAUAUCCGUGUUUCCGAAACCGACCGUAUUCGCCUCACUUUUGGCAGCCUCGGAAUCGAGGAUUCCCCCCAGAAUUCUGGAUUCCAAGCUGUCGAAGUGUCGCAUGCUGAACAACCUAUUAUGGCAAGUUUAUCAGCCAGCUCAUCACCAGUCUCUUCAGACGAACCAUCUGGUGGGACCCACGUCGAGUCGGUAGAUGAACCUGUCCCAAGUUCCGGUUCCGGUUCCGUUUCCCCUGUUUCAGAACAACAAUCGAAUGAAAGACUGGAGUCUUCAAGUUCACAAAACAUGGAAAAUUACACAAAUAUUAGACUUGUGAGACAGAGCAGCCCUUCAUAUGCACCUUCAGAGCCACAUCAGCAGCAACCACCCCCUUCAGAAUUGCCAAGUUUUUCACAGGCGUAUGAUCCUCAAACUGGAUAUGAUAUAUCGUAUUUCAGACCAGCUACUGAUGAAUCAGUCAGGGGUCAGGUGCUUCAAGUCCCUCAAGAGGGAUUUACUUCUCAUGUGGCUAACACCAUUCCUGCAACCACAAUUCCCAUGGUACAACAACAGCAACAACAACAACAACAACAACAACAAGUGGCCCAAAUGUAUCCACAAGUUCAUCUUCCUCACUUUGCUAAUCUAAUGCCAUAUCGCCAAUUCCUUUCCCCUGUUUAUGUCCCACCAAUGGUGAUGCCGGGCUACCUUCUCAUGCCUGGGGUCAACCCUCCUCCUCCUCAUGUAAAUGCAAAUGGAAUGAAAUACGCGAUUCCACAGUAUAAAUCUCUCCAAGCUGGCAGCCCUACUGGAUUCGGGAGCUUUACUAGUCCUAAUGGCUACGCGUUGAACACUCCUGGAGUUGUCGGAAGUGCCUCUGGAAUUGAUGAUUCCGCCCGGCUUAAGUACAAAGAUGGGAAUGUUUAUGUCCCAAAUCCUCAGGCGGAGACAUCUGAACUUUGGAUGAAUCCAAGGGACAUUCCGAGUCUACAAUCGGCAUCAUACUACAACAUGGCGGGACAAACGCCACAUGGCGCGUAUCUACCUUCACACACUGCACACGCUUCAUUUAAUGCAGCGGGACAAUCUUCUCAUAUGCAAUUCCCGGGGUUAUACCACCCGCAACAACCGGGUGCUAUUGCCAGCCCCCACCAUAUGGGCGGCAAUGUUGGUGUUGGAGUGGCGGCAGGGGCUCCCGGAACCCAAGUUGGUGGUUAUCAGCAACCGCAGUUAGGUCAAAUGAGUUGGACAGGGAACUUUUGAGAGGAGAGGGUGGGUGGUUAUGGAUAUGGAUAUCGGGUUUUUAUUAUUGUAUGGGGAUUGAAUUUUAGUUAUAGAAGUGUUUUUUUUUUUUUUCUUCGUGUUUUGUUUAU